CCGCUGACACCACAAUAUAUAAUAUAUUACACCGUCUCCCCGCAGCGCUCUCCUCUACAGCAUCCUCCCAGCUCCUCCCACUCUCUCUCGCUCCUCCCUCCUCCUCCUCCUCCACCAAUGACAGAGAUCCCGGGCCGGUGCGGUGUGUCUGUCUCCCCCUCCCCCAGAUCUGUGCUUUAAAUCCCUGGCACCGUCCAGUUGUCCCGGCGGCCCCGGUGUGUGAGAGAGACGGUACUCCGUAGGGUUAAAGGUCGCCUCCCCGCAUCGGGCUGGUCUGCUGGGAGCCGCAGGACGCGUCGCACGCCUGGGGAUUGGCAGCUGGCUGGACGUGGCCCUGGAACAGAAGAACGGUGAUUUAUUGGACCAGCAUUUCUGCAAUAAUAUUGCAGCCUGAAAGCAUGCCUUUAGCGGAAGAGACGGUUCUCCCGAGAGACCCACCUCUGACGCUUCCCGUGGUUAUUAUAGGAAAUGGUCCUUCUGGCAUCUGUUUGUCAUACAUGCUGUCUGGAUUCAGGCCAUAUUUGUCUCCAGACGCUGUGCAUCCAAAUCCGAUUCUUCAAAGCAAAUUAGAGGAAGCGAGGCACCUGUCUAUCCCUGAGCAGGAUUUAGAAUACUUGUCUGAAGGUCUUGAAGGUCGCUCGGCCAAUCCUGUGGCUGUUUUAUUUGACACUCUUCUUCAUCCGAAUGCUGAUUUCGGAUAUGAUUACCCAUCUGUUCUGCAGUGGAAACUAGAGCAGGAGCCCUAUAUUCCUCAUAUAGUGCUUGGCAAAGGGCCCCCUGGUGGUGCCUGGCAUGAUAUGGAAGGGUCCAUGUUGACGCUAAGUUUAGGAGACUGGAUGGAAUUACCUGGACUUAAGUUUAAAGAAUGGGCCUUGGGUAAACGACGGACGGUAAAGAGUGACCGAGCCACGCCGGCAGAAGUAGCUUCGUAUUACAAACAUUACGUUAAAGUUAUGGGUCUCCAAAGAAACUUCAUUGAUAACACAUACAUAACCUCGGUGGUAAGACCUUACAGAGAGCAAGUUAACGAAGAGACUGCCUGCGAGGAACCCCAGAUCGACAAAGACACUACUGAUGAGCCUUUCCCAAAGAAAAACUGGGAAAUCCAAGGCUAUCAGAGAGCAGCUGAUGGCUCUCACCAACCUUUUUGCCUGUUUGCAGACACACUAGUCCUUGCUACCGGAACGUUCGAUGCACCGGCUAGAUUGGGGGUGACCGGGGAGGACCUGCCUCAUGUUUCUCACAGUGUUGCUGAAUUUGAAGCUGCUGUUGGCAAAGGAAAGUUAAGCGGGGCAGUAGAUCCUGUUUUAAUAGUAGGUGCUGGGCUUACAGCAGCCGAUGCAGUUUUAUGUGCUUACAACAACAACAUUCCGGUGAUCCACGUUUUCCGCAGAAAAGUUAAUGAUCCAAAUUUGAUUUUUAAGCAGUUGCCACAGAAACUCUAUCCGGAAUACCACAAAGUCUAUCAUAUGAUGUGCACGCAGUCGCAUACAACAGCCCCAAACUUGCAUCCGUCUUACACAAGUUUUCCAGAGCACUGCGUACUUGCGUUCAAGCCCGAUAUGAAGUGCGUGUUACAGAGCACCGGAGGGUUGAAGAAAGUCUUAAAAAUAUCCAUGGCUUUGAUAUUAAUAGGUUCCCACCCAAACCUCUCAUUCUUGAAAGAGCAAGGUCGCAGCCUGGGCCGUCACCAUAACCAACCAAUCACUUGCAAAGGCAAUCCUGUGCAGGUUGAUCAAUACACUUAUGAGUCCGUAAAAGAGCCUAAUCUGUUUGCCCUGGGGCCGCUAGUUGGUGAUAAUUUCAUCAGGUUCUUGAAAGGUGGAGCACUUGCCAUAACCCGAUGUCUGGAGCUGAGACAAAAGAAAAGACAUCAUCUUGUUGAAAGUAAUUGUGUAUCUGUGUAGGGAUACCAGAUCUUUUUUUUUUUUUUUUCAUCUCAUUUUUCAUUCAAGGAAGAACAUUACCUUAUCUUAUGUGAUCUGCACUCCUGCAGGUUUCAAAAGUAUGUGUUUUUGGCACAGUGCAAAUGUAAGCCUAAGAAAGCUGAUGUUAGUGGGGUUCUUUUAUUUUUUUGUUUAUUGUAGAGAAGUCUUAAACGGGAUGAAGUUUUUUUUGCAGUG